AUUGCUGGAAAUUAUUUCGGAUGUGUAGACAGUCCCAAUAAACUUCCCGCAUCAAAACAGUGUACUAUGCUAAAUUUGGAACCUACUAGUUCCAACACUUGGAAUUCAAGUUUGUUUUCAAAAUCAAACAAAACUCGUCAAGGAGAGUCUUAUACCUUUGAAUUAAGGAUUAAGAAUCAGACGAUUGACUUAGCGAUCAAUUCGUCGAGCAGAACUUUGCCGGGAUCAACUUUCACCUUGAUAUUGACACCAAUAAUGAUGACUACCUCAUUUAUUUGGGAUGCCAGGAUGAGAUAG